AUGGCCUGCAAGGAUGCCGUGUCCCGCAUGUUGCCAGUGAGUCUGGCUGAGCUCUGCAUAGACACGACCUUGCGCUGCGGCCAGUCCUUCAGAUGGCGCAAGGUCGACGACGAGUGGCACUGUUCCCUACACGGUCGAGUCGUCUCAUUACGACAGGACGAAACUCAUCUUCACUAUCGGGCAACAUGGCCAGCAGGCAGACAGGUAUCUAUCAAGUCUUCAGUCAAGGUGAAAAGGGAAGAAGAGGAUGAGAGCAUCAAGUCGGAAGACGCAGCAGCAGUAAAGGUCGACGAAGAAGAGGACGACACGGAAGCCCUCCUCCUCAACUACUUCAACCUCCACCAUUCCCUCUCGGGAAUGUACACGCACUGGUCGGACCGCGACGCCAACUUCCGCAGCAAGGCGCCCAAGUUCACUGGCGUCCGCAUCCUGAACCAGGACGCCUGGGAGACGCUCGUGGCCUUCAUCUGCAGCAGCAACAACAACAUCGCGCGCAUCUCUCAGAUGUGCCACAAGCUGUGCGACCACUACGGAGGAGAGCCCAUCGCCACCGUAGCCGGCCACGUCUACCGCGACUUUCCGUCUCCCGAGGCCCUCGCGGGAGACGGCGUCGAGGCCCACCUGCGCGAGCUCGGCUUCGGCUAUCGAGCCCGUUACAUCGCCGAGACGGCCCGUGUCGUCGCCAGGCAGCGGCCCGCAGGCUGGCUCUUGUCACUGCGGAACCCGGCCUCUCGCUCCCCGACAUCGACCCCUCCCCAGCAGCAGCAGCCCGACUACCGCACCGCCUUUGCCGCGCUCCAAGAACUCUCAGGCGUCGGGCCCAAGGUCUCAGACUGCGUGUGCCUGAUGGGACUGGGCUGGGGCGAGGCCGUGCCGCUGGACACGCACAUGUGGACGAUCGCGACGCGCGACUACGGCUUCGGCGGGAAGAAAGCCGCCGCCGCCAAGGGAUCCGCCAUGUCCAAGGGUAUGUACGACGCCGUGGGCGAGCACUUUCGGAAGCUCUGGGGCCCGCAAGCCGGCUGGGCACAGAGCGUGCUCUUCACCGCCAACCUGCGUGAGUUUUCGCACCGGUUAAAGGCGACCGCUGAAAGUGGUGUGAAAAGGGAGGACGGUGUUGGUGGUGACGAUAGCAAGCCGGGUGUCGUGGCGGAUGCGGUUGUUGCACCGCCGAAGCAGUCAAAGAAGAGAAAGACGGCCGUCUCGACCACGCGGGUAAAGGUGGAGGAGGACGGGGGUUCCAUCGUUGCUACCAAAGUCGAGAUCCAAGAAACAGAGGUGACUCCGAUAAGAAGAAGCAAGAGGAUACGUGCCGGGGGCUAA